GUCUCUUUCCCUCUCGAUGAUCGAAGGGGAUGCAGCAAGGUCGUCAAUGGCGAUGGGAUCGAUGGCUCUUCGAUCUACCUCCGUGGACAACGAUGAGGUGCUCAAGAAGAGAACCGAUUGCCCCUUUUUCAUCACAUCCCCUCCAACCUGUCAUAAGGGUAGUGAAUGUGAGUUUCGUCAUAGUGAGACUGCCAGACUCAAUCCAAGAGAGUGCUGGUAUUGGCUGAAAGGGAACUGCCUAAACCCUACCUGUGCAUUUCGACAUCCACUGCCACAUGCUCCUGCUUCUGUAAAUAAGUUAAAUACCCCUUGCUACUUCUUCUUCAAUGCGAUUUGCAUAAAAGGUGACUGGUGUCCUUUUAUGCAUGAUACUUCUUCUGACCAAAGAAUUAAAAAACAAUUUCCCGAUACUGCCAGCAUCAAAGCUCCUGAAACUAAAACAUCCAUUGGGAGUGACACUGGACCAGCAACAGUGGAGGUCCCAGCAAAUCCUCUUGAGAGCACCUCUGAACUUAACAAACAUUUCUACCCAGAAGAAGUCCUUGGAGAUCCUGCACCUGUGAAUGUUUUUGAGGAUUCUCGCGCUUCUGCAGAGUCAUCAAUGCCUGAACUUGAAGAUCCUACCUUAAAGCUGCCUGAGAACUCACUUUCCCCUGUUGAACAUGUAAAUGGUCUUUCAACUAUCAUGCCAGAUCAGAGUUCAGAGGAGCUCAUGAAGGAAUAUGCUGAGUCAGAUGAAGGGUAUAUGUCUUCAUCUGGUUUUGAUGUGCUUGUGGAUGAUGGUUCAGAGCUAGUCUAUGGGAAUGACACAGACUACUUGCCUUUUCAUGAAAAGGACUCUGAAAGGCUCCAUGGUCAUAUUCUCCAGUAUGAUUUUGAAGGUUCAGCUGGCUGUGUUCCUCAGAAUUACACUGAUACUGGUUAUUAUGAGCAUGAUAUUUUUGAGGCUUAUGAUCAUUUGGGUGAAAGGUAUAUACCUGACUAUUACCACAGAGUUUUGGAGAACCCAAGGGAGAGUGAGAGCGAGAGGGAAGAGAGGGAGAGGGAGAGGCUUGCGCUACCAAUGUAUUAUCAUAAAAGAGAACCACUGCCUAGGGAGCAUGCAAUGGGCUCCAGGAAUGCUGUGGAUCUUCGGGACCAUCUGAAGAAAAGGAGAAGGAUGGAAGAUCCCCUACCUUUCUACCACUCAAGAAGGCACCUUUCUUAUCGGGAUCAACAAAGUAGCAGGGAAAGGCCUGCCAGGCACUUGCGUGAUAGGAGGUUGGCGUCUGAGGUGGGGAAAACCAUGACUGACUCUUCUGUUAGUGAGAUCAAGUCUGUGUUGGAUAAUGGCCAUAGGGAAAGAAGUUCAGGGUAUCCCCAGUUUAAUAGGCAUGGGAGGUCCAGGCUAGGGGAGAGGGGAAGUAGGAGGCGCAUGAAGGCUCCAUCAGCUUUCUCUUCCAAGAACCUGAAAGCUACUGUGUCAAAGGAGUCAAGAGAUGCAUGUGCUCCAGCUGAUUUUAGUGGGCCUAAGACUCUUGCAGAAAUUAGAGAAGAGAAGACUAGAAUGCAAUCGCCUGGCAGUCAUCUAGGAGAUCCAGGUACCCCCCAUCAUAGAAGGAUUGCCUCUGUUGAUUUUGAGGGUCCGAAACCUUUGACUGAACUCCUGAAGGAGAAGAAAAGACCUCUGCCAGUGAGUCAAAAUUCUCACAGCAAAGGUUCCGCAUCAGCAAAGGAAGGUUGCAAUGAGCGGAUCAGUUCACAGAAUGAUCCAAGAGUUUUUGAAGCCAAUUUGGGUGAAGAUGACAACAUGUGCUAUAAGUCAACUGUUGAGAAACAGAAUGGAGAAUACGAGAGUGAUUCCUUAGAUGAUCUUGAUGAUGAUGAAGAAGAUAGCCUCAGGAAGAAACUAGCUCACAUAUUCGCAUAGUAGCUUGUCUGGACAAAUUAUCAUCCCUUCCAUAAUCUUUUAGGUGGCUUGGUAUAAACCAGUUUUGAGGCAGAAGAGCGUCAACAAUGAUUUUCCAUUUUGCUGAAAAAUCUUGCCGGAUUGAAUAUGUUUUUACCGUUCAAAGCUGCUGAUUAUUUUUUGUGUCAUGCAGCCCUUUUUUUGAAUUUAUUGUUUCAUAGAGAUGCCAUCCCGCAAAUUAUAUUGCUGUUCAGUUGAGCUCUAUCUUAUGCAAUUGGAGUCUGCAUUUCUCAUCUUCUUUACCUGUUUCUUUCAUUUUAUCUAUUUGUUCCUCUUUAAUUGUUCAUCUUCUUUCCAUGUAAGAAAUUUUGCAACAGUGUAGAUCUCAUAUAAAUUAUAUGUUUGUGUUGAUACA